UCUUCGUCGACGGACUCGAGUAACUCGAGUUCAAGCAAUGCCUGCACUCAUGGCUCGAGUGCACCGCCGAAGAAGAGGCAGAGAGUGGUCGCCGAACAGCCGAGACUUGUGGUCACCUCUUAUGAGGAGCUCGACAUUGGCGUGUUGAGGUAUCAAAACCGACGGUUAGCCGAAAGACUGCAACAAAGACAACGACUGGAAGCGGAUCUGAAGGCUCGGAUCGAGCAGUUGGAGAAGAAGCAGACCAACGAUGAAGUGAUCACUUAUGUCAUCAACAGAUACUGGAAUCAAUUGAACGAAGACUUAAGGGUUCUGUUGCUUCGCUUCGACGCCGAGACCAGCGAUGAGACGGAGAAUAAGAAUGAGAACGAAGAGACGACUAGUUUUCUGAGACAACUGUCCAAUUGGGACAAAGAGGAAAUGGAUGAGAACCUGAAGCAGAGGGUGCAGGUGUCCACCAGAGCCGUGGCUAAAGUGCUUCAGGCCUUCGACCGAAUAGUUCAAAGAAAUGCCAAAAUAAUGUUAGCCCUCAAAGGCGAUGAUAGCGACGGACCGCCGCCUGAUUUGAACGAAUCCGUCAAAAAGGCGAACAUUGAGCUCACGAAUGAGAAUAAGAGUCUCAACUGUUUGGUGACAUCUCUGCACGAGAAACACCACACAAUGGGCUUAGAGUUGACUGAAAUGAAGGAUAAGUUGGAAAUGAGUGAAACACAGAUCGACGAACUCAAGAACCGCAUCGACGACAUGGAGUUCGAGCUCAACAGGACUCGCAUUCGGGAACAACGACUCGAAGACCAUCUCUACGAAGCGCGUGAAAAGUUGAGAGAUUUGCAGAACUCUAACCAAAACAACGCUAACAGUAAUGCCAACAACGGUGAGGACCAGAAGCCGGUGGUGUCGGCCUCCUCCGCGCCCACAGACGCUGUCAGUCACUCGAAGUUAGAGGACUUGAAGAGAGAUCUCGAAGAACAGCGAGAUUUAGCCAAUACUCGACUCACAGAACUGGAACUUCUCAACAAAGACCAUAAAGAAACCUUAAAAUUAGUGGAAAAAUACAAAAUGGAUUUACAAUGCAUUCCGGAAGCGGUGAUUGUGGACACGGCUGAGUACAAGUGUCUUCAGUCACACUUUUCGGUCUUAUAUAACGAAUCGAUGCAAUUGAAGACACAGUUAGAGGAGAGCCGGACGCAGCUGACGAACGCCAAGAACACACAUCUGAGACAAAUAGAGCACAUGGAGAGCGAGGAGCUGACGAUGCAAAAGAGGUUGAGGACUGAAUUGAUGCAAUUGGAGGACUCGUUGUCUCAGGUGAGGAAGGAGUACGAGAUGUUGCGACUGGAGUUCGAGCAGAAUCUGGCGGCCAAUGAGCAGACGGGUCCCAUAAACCGAGAAAUGCGUCAUUUGAUCACAAGUCUGCAGAACCACAACCAACAGCUCAAAGGCGAGAACGCGAGGCUCAAGAAGAAGCUGAAGGAGUCGACGCAUGAGAUCACGAAAUUGAAACACACUUUAGAUAUCAGGGAAAACACACCGAAGGAGGAGAAGGCUAAAGAAAAGGAGACUAAUUCCGUGUCCAAUACAGACGUUAAGACAGAAUCAAAACCAGUGGUUGGAAGCGAUUCCACGACUACUGUCGUCAAAGACGAGCCUCUGAUUAAGGAUGAGUUGGAGACAAUAGAAGUCAAGAAAGAAAAGAGUGACACAAAACCCGCUAAUAUUGGUUCGCAAUCGACGAGUACAACACCAAUACAAUCGACUUCACAGACACACCACUUAGGAGGUCAUCCUAUAGCACACCACACAUCUCAUCACAAACACCAUCACAGCCAACAUGUGGUCAAAAAGGAGCAGCAAAUAGAUUCCGACCAAUCAUUGAGUGAAUCUUUAGGCGAAGUGAAGACUGAACGCAAGUCUGAAAGUGAUUUGUAUCGCGAGAACAGAGAACUCAAGGGUCAGCUCAAGAACGCUAUGCAGGCGCAGAGAGAACUCAAGCUUUUGUUGGAUAUGUUUAAGUCAGUCGACAAAGAAAAGAGAGAUAAGUCGCAACUGAUGGCCAAUGAGAAGAAAGCGAAGAUAGAGAUCGAAGAGUUGAGGAAACAGUUGAACAAAAUGCAAGAAACGGAACGAAGGGAUCGCCGAAAGCUGGUCGACGAAGACGUUGUCCGCAAACUAAACAAAUACGAAGAAAUGGUUCAACAAAUGCAGAAAAGUCUGGCCGUUCAGAAACAGGAAGAGGAGGCGUUGCUCAAUGAGAUGGAAGUGACGGGUCAGGCGUUUGAGGACAUGCAGGAACAGAACCUUCGACUUAUUCAACAGCUCCGGGAGAAAGACGACGCAAACUUUAAACUGAUGUCCGAACGAAUCAAAUCCAAUCAAAUCCACAAACUGUUGAAAGAGGAGAAGGAAAUGCUUACCGAACAAGUGAUCUCUCUUCAGGCUCAGGUCGAGGCUCAGAACCAAGUGGUCAGAAAACUAGAGGAUAAGGAACGGCUGCUUCAGAAUAAUUUGUCGACAAUUGAGAAGGAGUUAAGUCUUCGGCAGCAGGCGAUGGAAAUGCAUAAACGAAAGGCCAUCGAAAGCACGCAAUCGGCCGCUGAUCUGAAACUGCAUUUAGAGAAGUAUUUGGCACAAGUGAAAGAGGCCCAGAGCACCGUCGCCGAGAAGACCAGUGCGUGGCAGCACGAGUUCUUCAAGACUCAACGCCUCCACGAAGAGGUCCAGCUCUACAAACGCAAGUACGAGAGGGCGAAGAAGUUCGAGUUGGCCACCACUGCCGAUGAAGUCCUACAG